UUCCCGGGUCCUAAACGAAGCCCGUUAUUCACAAAGCCCGAUUUUCACUGACCUUCCAGCUACGGACUGAUAGGAAUCGAAUGCCUUUGUACUUCUUCCUGGAAAAUUCGAUUCAUUAUUCCUUGUGGGUUCAAAGUUGAUAGAUUGGGUUAGCGGGAGAUAUGGGAAGGUUGUUCUUGAUCAAUCUAGAAGGAAACAUCUACAGCUGCAAGCACUGCCGUACGCAUCUUGCCCUUCUUGAUGAUAUUAUAUCCAAGUCUUUCCAUUGCAGGCAUGGGAAGGCUUACCUAUUUAAUGAAGCUGUGAAUGUCACAGUUGGAGAGAAAGAAGAGCGGAUGAUGAUAACAGGACUGCAUACUGUUGUUGACAUAUUCUGUGUCACAUGUGGGUCCAUUGUUGGAUGGAAAUACGAAGCUGCACAUGAGAAAAGUGAAAAGUACAAAGAAGGAAAGUUCAUUCUUGAAAGGUUUAAGGUUGUUGGCCCUGAUGGCAGCAGAUACUUGCAAGCUCAAGAAACUCAUGUUGCCGGAAGUGAUGGUGAUGACGCUUGAUUUGCUCAUCUUAGGAUCAUUCUAUUUUCACAUUCGAAUUGUACAUUUUAUAUGUUAUUAUUCUCUUUCAAAUAUACCAUAUCAUCAUUUAAUUAGAAUAGGUUGCUUUGAAACUUACGAGCCUCUUCCUCCCUUCCCAGAUGAUUUUAAGAUACUUUUUGCCUCGGUGUCAUUGAAUAUUAAAUUGCUGAGGCAAGAAGAAACCAGAAGCAUUGGCUGGGGGAAAAAAAUUCUUUGGUAUAAUAGUUCACGAUGUUGAAGAGAAA